GCCCCGCGCUGCGGCACUGUCGGAGCCCGGGGAGCUUCACCGGGCAUCGGGGAGAGCUUCAGGGGACCCUCCUGGCUGUGCUCACCGAGAAACAGAGGCCUGGGAGUCGCCGUUGUGUCCCGCCGCUGCCCUGCCUAGCAAGGCUCUGCUUCGAAUUCGAUACGAGCUUGAACUUGGCCUCUUAAGCAAAUGGGUUAAAAAUCUUGAAUAGUGGGUCAUACAGUGGCGACAGAUUCGUGAGUCCUUGGUAGAUCCCAGACUGCAGAAUCACAGAGUGUCCUGAGCUGGAAGGGACCCGCUGGGAUCGUCAAGUCCAAAUCCUGUCCCUGCACAGGACACCCCAACAUUCACACCGUGUGUCUGAGCACACGGUCCACAGGGUUCUUCAGUAUUCUCAGGCUUGGUGAUGUGACUGCUUCCCCGGAGAGCUGUUCCAGUGCUCCAACACCCUCUGGGUGAAGAACCUUUUCCUAGUAUCCAACCCAACCCUCCCCUGGCACAUCCUCCUGCUAUUCCCUCAGUUCCUAUCUUUGGUCACCAGGGAGAAGAGAUGAGGAAUAUUAAGAGCAAGUUACUGUCUUAUAACAAUGUAACAUAUAACCUUAUAACAAUUCUGAACCUAAAGAAAUAAAGCGUUGCUUUGCCAAUUAUUUUAUUGGAGUUAGAACUGAGUGCAGGGUGGACCACUUGGGUCCUUUUAUACCCCGUUGGAGGUAUUAUGUUUCUAUUUAGUUCAGAAAUAAAAUAAAAUAGUCCUGCUUGGCACUUCCUUGGUGCUCGGUGUGGUGGUCAGCUCUUGCCUCCAGGGCUUUCAGUGGAGGGAAUUGUAUACAACUGCCUGAAAGGAGGUUGGGAAGAGGUGGGUGUUGGUCUCUCCUCCCAAGUGAUAGGUGAUAGGACAAGAAGGAAUGGCCUCAAGCUGUGCCAGGGGAAGUUUAGAUUGGACAUUAGGAAAAAUUUCUUCACGGAAAGGGUUCUCAGGCACUGGCAGAGACUGCCCAGGGAGCUGGUUGAGUCACCAUCCCUGGAGGUAUUUAAAAGACAGGUGGAUGAAGUGCCUAGGGAUAUGAUUUAGUAGUGGACAGGUACAGUUGGGCUUGAUGAUCCCAAAUAUCUUUUCCAACCUAAUGAUUCUAUGAUUCUAUGAAACUGCCAUUAUGCAAAAAUAAGUAAGUAUAAGCAUUUUUCCAUUUUCUAUGUGAUCUGUGGUGACAGCCUGUCACCAAUGCCAGAUAACCAAGUGUCAGGAGUUGUUGCUGGUUGGAAUGAGCAUGUUUUGCCUAGUGGUGAUGGAACUGAGCUGACAGCCAAGCCAAAGAGAAGCUUCUACGCAGCAAGAGAUUUAUACAAGUACCGACACCAGUAUCCACAGAACUUUAAAGAUCUUCGGUAUCAAAAUGACUUGUGCAAUCUUCGCUUUUACAAAAAUAAAAUCCCUUUUAAACCUGAUGGGGUUUAUAUUGAAGAAGUCCUAAAUAAAUGGAAAGGAGACUAUGAAAAACUGGAACAUAAUCACACUUACAUACAGUGGCUUUUCCCACUGAGGGAACAAGGUCUGAACUUCUAUGCUAAAGAAUUAACUACAUAUGAAAUUGAGGAAUUCAAGAAAACAAAAGAAGCAAUUAGAAGAUUCCUUUUGGCUUACAAAAUGAUGUUGGAGUUUUUUGGAAUAAAACUAAUUGAUAAAACUGGAAACGUAGCACGAGCUGCUAACUGGCAGGAAAGAUUUCAGCAUUUGAAUGAGUCUCAGCACAACUACCUGAGAAUCACUCGAAUUCUGAAAAGUCUUGGUGAGCUUGGAUAUGAGAGUUUCAAAUCUCCCCUAGUGAAAUUUAUUCUCCAUGAAGCCCUCGUGGAAGAUACCAUUCCCAACAUUAAGCAAAGUGCUCUAGAAUAUUUUGUGUAUACUAUUAGAGACCGAAGAGAAAGGAGGAAACUCCUGAGAUUUGCUCAGCAACAUUAUACGCCCUCAGAACAUUUCAUCUGGGGACCCCCAAGAAAACAGAAGUCCGAGGGAAGCAAAACAAAUAAAAAGCCAGCAUCUCCAACUUCUAUUCACAAUAGUUAUACUUCCAAGCAUAAGAAACCAAAAGAGCCUAAGAAUGCAUCAGCAAGUGGAAGCACAGCUGGUAAAACAGUGGAAGAAAGAAAGGUAGAACCCACAAAAAAUGUGGAAGACAAUGAACAGGAUGAACAAAAAAUGAACUGUGAUGCUGCUAGGCAGAACAACAGCGAAAAGAACAGUGAUGCUGAUACUGGUCAGCUUUCAAAAUCAGAAGAAAUUAGUGAUACUUCAGACAGAAAGGAGGACGCUUCUCAUUCAAAAAAAGAUGAUGAAAAUCUGAGCAGUGACUGUGGAAAUCACCCAGGCACUAUAGAGAAGGAUUUAUGUGACACUGAGAAUUCUUCAAAUAACACGUCAGUAGAUCUACAAGAUGAUCUUGACAAGGAUACUCUUUCAGGAGGGACCACCACAAAACCCAAGGAUGAGCUCACAUCGUGAGCCUGAGGUUAAAAAUGAUUAUGUUUUGUAUUGAAUGAAGCAAAUUAUUCAUUGCUCCUUCAUUUGGGGUGAAAUUUCUUUCAAGCGUAGUAUACAAUGUUCAUGAGACUAUGGUUGUUGUUAAUGCAUCAGAUUAUGCUUCUGAGAGGUUAAUGAAUUUCACUUUUUUCAACCUCAGUUUAUCAGGAGUCAGCCAGGUAUGACUCUUUAAAACAAUCAUGUAUAUUCAAAGCUAAAAAUUUAAUUAUCUUUUCCAGACAGAUUGAAUAGAAAAGCUAAUUAUUUUUUGCCAUUAAAUUAAUUGAAUAUUUUAUUUUUUUUUACAAAAGAAGCAUAACUUGCUAGAAAGCCUUGAAAUAUCAGAAUUUUAAAGUUUCUUUUAAUAUGCUUUCAGUGUUGAUUUCCUUUUAUGAAAUGACUAGAAAUUAUUUCAAGAGCACAGUUUUUUCCCUACUGGAUGCUUUUUUAGGAACUAUGUUCAUGUUUAACCGCAGUAUUUGCACAGCCUCUUUUACCUUAGAUUAGCAUCCUUGUUGGAGACACUUAGUAACGGAUAUCAAAAUGUCCUAUGCAGCUGGGUAUCGUUGUAGAUUGAAUAAAAGUUUAACUUACAAUGGAACUGUAUCCACAGAUUUUGGGUACAGGGGAAGUUGCACUUUAGACUUCUUCUAGUCUCUGUUUAAGUUCUCUUUUCUCUUGACUCAUUUGUCACUACUACUAAUUUGUGAGGAGGGAUCAUAGAAUCAUCGGCUUUCUUUGAUCACUCAGAUUUGAUCUCAGUGGGAAAGCUCUCUGUUGAUCAACUAUAGUAAAAUAACUCCCCCAGCUGGGUUCAGCACCUGGAAAGCCUCUGGAUAGCUGAAAAGCACAGUCUUCACCACAAGGCACUGCUUGAUUAUCAAAGCCUCCGAGAAAUUGUCACCAGGCCUGUGCAGCUGGAUCUUACCUGAACUGUGAUGUUUCUUGGCCAGUUUUGGGUAGAGUUUGCACAAUGCUGAACCCCGUGUUGCUGGUCUGGGAGAACAAGGCAGUCCUGAUACUUUCUUCCAGCUGUCUGUUUCCUUCCUUUGCUGUCUAUCACAGGUCUUUCACAGUUUAAUGUUACUUUGAUCAUAGGCUGAAACUUGAGGCAGGCUGGUCUGCUGGCCUGGCUGGAGCCCAGCAGGUCAGAAUUUCCCAAUUAAGAUCUUUCCCAGCUUUCUUUGCUGAAGGACUGUCUGCUUUCCCUGAGCAGCCUCUUCUGACUUCAUGCUAUCCGGUCAAACAAGAUAGUACUCAGCGAGUUAAUUCUGUAGAAUAUGAAUUAAAAAAAAAAAAGCAGGUAGAACUCACACUUUCUACAGUCCUAAAAUAGUCUAAAACUUCUGUAUUUAUUUUCUAUUUAUAAGUGUAUAUAUUAUCCACUGCCUUUAAUGUAUUUUUGAUGAAAUCUUAUGAGGCAAGUAACUGACUACUGUUUGAAUGUCAGAGUGCUGUUAGACUUUAUUCAAGUCUUUUAACUCAAAAUUACAGAGUCUUCAGGGGUUCCAAAGCAUAGACAAAUGUCUAGUAUUUUUCUGUUUUCACUAAUUCCCAUCAUGGCAAUGCAUCAUUCAUUGUUUUCCCUAUGUAGUUUCUUGGGAUCAAAUAGUGUGGCACUUAUAAAUUUUGGUACCCAUGGACGAAGAUUAGGCUCUUUCCAUCCUAAAGAAGCAGAGAAGAAGGAAGACCUAUCCCUCUUUCUCCUAUGCUAACUUGUAAGGAAAGAACAGAAUAUAUGUAUGUGAAUUUUUUUAGGGUAACCCAGAUUGCUCAAGGAGUUAUUAAGUCUGUCUGAACAGAAAUGCCCCCCACAGAAUUCCUCCCAUAGCCACUGCCUCUUUAAAGUUGGAAAGGUGCUGAGAAGCCUUUCACUAUACCCUGGACUUGAACUAGUCUCUCCGUGUUCAUGUUUGCCUCUGUUCUUCAGAGCAGAAGGGGACAGGAAAAGCUGAGAUAAAAUUGGUCCAUGUAGAUAAGGACUCUGACCCCAUGCGUAUGCACAGGGAGGACAAUUCUAUGUUCUGCCUCUGACUUUUUAAAUCUUGAGUGCCUAACCAUGCCAACUUAAUAGCGUUGUUUUUACACAGGUAUUUCUUGAAUAGCAUAGGGAAAAUGCAUACCCUGUAUAUGAGGAAUAUAACUAUAGGUAGUUAUACAGAGCCUUCAAUUUAUAGACUUUGGUAUUAAGAUUAAACACUUUAAAAAAUGCAUAGUGUUCAAGUGAAAUGAGGGAUGCUGGGGCUGUUAUUAUAUUUAUACUGUAAUUUGCCUGAACGUUGAUGACCUCAGGAGAUCUUUUCUCUUUUGUCUACUGAACAACAACAAAAAAAGCCAACAGAAAAACAAACAGAAAUCUUGCUUUAAUUUUAAACCAGAAAGUUCUCGGGACGUGCAUCCUAAAGAUUUCUCUGCGGUACAAUAUUCUGUUAUUGUGACGCAGCUUUCAUCUAUACACGCUUGCUGGUUGUCCUCUCAUUAAUAAAGUGCUUAAUGUACUUUUAAUCUGGCAGGGCUUUCUGCGUUAAGAGCCCAGCAUAUCUGAAAAUACAGUCAAGAACUUUGGGACCCAUAUCACUGUUAACUCUGCAAUUAUUUUAAAAAUUAUUUAAAAAAUCCACAACUCUGUAUAUUUUUAUCAGUUUUCAUAGAAGUGGGAAGACUAGUGGCAUACCAAUUGCCUACAAAGAGCUAUGGGGACUAGAGAAUUGAAGUUUUUUGCAUCAGGUGGGCUCCUGCACUCUCUAAUCUUUGUCUUAUAGUUUUAUCAACAGAAUUAGUCUAAUGGGACACUUCAGCUUUAACUAACAAAUUCUGUUCUAUGUAAAAUUUGAUGAUUUCUCAUUCUUUUCAUGGAGGAGUUGUUUCUUCUGAUUUCACAAGUGCUUUGAAGAAGAAUUCAUUGCAGGGCAAUCACACAGUGUGGCAUCCCAUUGAGAUUUGUGAGGAUCAAGUGGAUGCUCUAUGCAUUUCAUUAUAGAAUCAUGGCCUUAGCAACCAGAAGCACUCCAUAUUUGAAGUUUCUAAGUAUUGGCUUUCAGGUUUACAGUACGAUAUAUAUUGAAAUGAUUGUAUCCUCAUAAAUUCCAAUGCUUACUUAUUUAACCUCUGUUUUGGAAGUAAUGGUUGUGCAAACAAAGUCAGAAUGCUUGCUCCCUGUUAAACUUGGUUUUGUCUCCUUAUAUGCAUAUGUAUUCAGGGAUUUCUGUGUAGUUACUACAAAAAUGUAUUUUUGGCACAGUUUUACUCGAGCUAUUCAUACAUCAGUUGAACAGAACUUCCUGUACAGGGGUUCUUUCCUAAUAAGUACAUCCCAGUAGCCUCUGGUACUGCUAAGUGGGAGUAGCGUGUAUAUGCACAAGUUUCCUAUGGUGAGGGGAUAUGAAUGCACAACUUGACAAAAUGUUACUAAGUACAGACACGCAAGUGAAGGUGAUCGUAGAAGUCAUGCAAACAUGCAGCACUUUAAGAUUGGUUACAGCUCUGUGCCCUCCUAUCCAGGACGUAAACAUGCCUCGGUACCGGAUACUGUGUUGGCUUAGAGACUGAACUCUUGGGUACACAGGGUGUGCACCAUAGACCAUUCAGAUAAGAAGAACAGUUUUGCAUGUGCACAUAUCUCGGAGCAGAACUGAGCUCUUUUUGUCCGUAUGGUUCGUAUUUUAAGGCAUAAUCCUGAAGGAUGCUAAAAAUCUUUGCAAUAAGCCUUUGAGAGCAGUUCCCUGGUUUGGUGAGUUUGUCAGUUUCCUGCUCCAAGAUUGCAGCAGUGAUAUAUUAGAUAUUUGUAUAACUAUGGUUGAUAUUUUAUGUAACUUAGUGUAAGCCUUGAACUAUUCCAGGGUAAUUCUAAUGAUCUGCAGUUGCAUAUACCUAUUCUAUAAUCAGAAAGUUUACAGAUCUUAGAAGCUUUGUAUAUUUUGAUGGAUAAUUCAAUAAGAUAAGUCAAGGGAGAUUCACUAGAUUUAAAUGGAAAACCGCUCUUGUUUGUUUUUUUUUAAUUAAAUUUAUGUGUAUCUGUUUAACUGAAUUAUAUUUUUGCAUUUUUCUUUUCCUGACAUUUGUGGUGGUACCGAUCACAAAUUAUAGUAAGAUAUAUAUGUUUAAGUGAAAAUAUAACUCUUGUUACACCAUAUUUCUAUAGGUGACGUAUCAUAUUGAAUUUGCUUGGCAAAAGCUGUAUUUAUGAAUAAGGUACAAGUAUGUGAAGUAAGUUUUGUCAUUAAUAAAAUUGUGACAAGAUCAUGCUAAUGAUGUACAUUGUCUAAAAACUACCAGUGUGCAUCAGAACCAAAGUUGUUUCUAACCUUGUAUCCUGCCUCCAGCAGUGGCUGCCAACAGAUGAUGUGAAACAAAGAGCAGAUAAGAUGACCCCAUUUUUCUCCAGGUUUUUUUUCUGUUUUCGAACUCAUGGUUUCUUUCAGCCUCCAUAAUUCAUUGGGGCUGUGACUUCGUUCCGUGGCUUAAUUAUGUUUUGUGGGGAAAAAAGUGAUCUCUUGUUUGUCUCAGAUCAGUUUAUUCAAGAAUUGCCAGUGCAUUUGAACAGUUACUAGAAGUUCUAUAAGACAAACUGUAAAACCACUUCAAGUCAGUUUUUGAAAGACAUGGGAGAUAUUGAUGAUAAAAAACUUCUGAUUAGGCAGAAGAUGUCCUGUGUUUCUGUCCUUGGGCAGAAGACAGCCCUUAGGCAGAAAACUUUUCCGAUGUUGAUGACAAUAUUAUCUUACUUGUCUCUUCUGAAUAAUUUUUUACACAUAAAUCCUUUUGUAUAAAAUAUUAAAAGUCAGAUUCCAACAGCAGAACAGAUGUGGGUUUUUUCCUGUUGGUGUAAAAGCAAGAUCAGUCAAAGACAAAAUCUAUUUCUAGCCCACUUCUGAGUGAGGUGCCUCUGGAUUUGGAGGCACUGGCAUCAAUGGGUGAAAUGUGAGCGUGUAGAAGACAGAAAUAGUAUCUGAGGUUUGCUGAGAACCAUACUCCCCAUUCCACAUUUUAAUAACGUAUUUUGAUACAUGUCCCCAUUUCCUACUGCUAUUGGAGUAACUGCUCAAAAUGUGGUUUUGAUGGCCAUCAGAGCCUGAAAAUGAAAGAUGGAUCAAGAAGAUCUGCGCUUGGGCACUCUGUAGAUUCACUAUGAACAGGCAUUUAAAUGCAGUCCUGCGAAUGGAAAGUAAAUUGUGUCUCUAAUUGUGUGCUCUGUAUUGCCUAUGAACUAUUUCUUUUCCUGUAAGCUGUGUUCCUUUUGCAGCCCACGUCCUUAAGUGUGCUGACUAAAGUCCAUUGAGAAAGGCAGGAAUAUAUUUAAUACAUGCCGUACUAAAAUAUAGUUCAAAAGCUCUUGAGAUCAUUUAAAUAGAGACCUCCUGCAGCUUUACAAUUCUCAUCCCCCUUUUUUCAAAAGCAUUAACCUGUUUGCUAUAAAAUAACAAAUGUGAGGACUGGCAGAUUUUUCUGAAAGAAGUCUCUUACUUCUCAAAAACUCAGCACUUUUAAAUUCUGCCGUGCUUAUAAGUCUAGUGGUGUAUUCAUCAGUUAAAGUUUAUUGUGACAUGUACUGAAUGUAAUUACUGCUGUGGCUAACUGUGAAAAUUAUUGUUUUGCAGUAAAAAAUAUUAUGGCACUUAUGUUUUCGGGAUCUGCUGAAGCAUGUUUGCUGAUCAUCGGUUGCUCUUUUUUUUCUGUGUUUUAACCUAUUCCAUGGUUGUUUGCCCUUUAUGCCAUUUGAGUUAAGCAGCAGAUGAUUAGGUAUAGUUUUGCACUGAUAAAAUCUGGAAAUAUCAUAGACUUCAUUGUUUAAUGUAUCCAAGAAAAAAGUGCAGUAAAAAAAUGAAAAAAAACCCCAAACCCGAACAAUUUUCACUUGCAUACUGAAACAACUACAUGUCAGUUUUUAUGAAUGGUCCUGCUCUCUUCUCUGUAUUCUUUUGCAGUGUUUAAUUACAGAAUGCUGUGCAUGUUUGGUAGUACCAAUACCAUAUGUAUGUGGUAGGAGUGGUAACCAGUUUCUGGAUUUGUAAUGCACUAUAAAGAUAUAUUUUAUAAUUCUGUAACUGUAUGGCAGUGUUAUGCCAAAAAAAAUUGUAUAAACAUAAAAAGCAAUAGUUUAUGUUGCUUACUGCUAUAUUUUGAAUCGUUUGUAAAAUGAAAUACUUGGAUUUUCUUUCAGGUAAAUAUAUUUUUAAUAACAGCGGACAAAAACUCUAAACUAAUAAAGCUUCUUCAUUUAGCAGCAUUGUUUUAGCAACAGUACAAAUAUUGUGUAGCUCUAAAAAUGUGUAAUUGCUGUUUGGCACUUGUUUGUAUAGUCUUCUGUAAAUGUAUUAACACUUAAAAGUAGGGCAUUAAAGGCUCUGGUCCUCCUUUUUUGUUGUCAAUGACAAUACCCACGUGGAUGGCAAAGGAAUAAGGGGAUGUCCAGAGUGAACUUCACUAAAAGUUUGAGUUUUUUUCAUUUUUUGUUUAAGAAAAAUAUAUACUAUGAAAACACUAUUAGCAUUAAAGGGUAAAAUAUCUGUUGUGAUAGUGCAGGCAGAACCCCUCUGGAGCAGUGCCAGCAAGUGACUACUGCUACUUAAACUUAAGAGGGAAACAUUUAACCUGCUCUUUGUAUUUAACCUCUGCUGAAGCUUUAGAAUUGGACACCUUCAGCUUGUUUUCCCCCAGUUUUGUAGUAAGCUGUUAUUCACAUAGUGGGCUGCAGAUUUGUGGAGCUCUAUGAAGGGUCCAACAGAUCUGGAGAGGAUUUACUGUUCUCACACGUUUAUUUUCUAAGAGAGGAGAACCAGGUUAUUCCUUAUGCUGGAGGAGAGCUUCGUGUGUUGUCCGUGUCUCAAAUGAAGCUUAUAUUACAUUACUUUCAUGUUGUCAGGUCACCACUCAGGGACAGGAGCAAAAGGGUAGGCAAUAACAGGAUGUGUCACUGCAUUGGUUUUCCCAGAAAAUUCAGUUACAGCUCCCUGUGAUGAUUGGGAUGGUUCAUCUUCUUAUAGAAUCAUUAAGGUUGGAAACGUUCUCUAACAUAAAGUCCAACCAUCAGCCCAACACCACCAAGCCUAUUAAACCAUGUUCCGAAGUGCCGUGCCUACAAGUUUUUUGAACACCUCCAGGGAUGGAGACUCCAUUACCACUCUGGGCAGCUUGUUCCAAUGUUUGUUCUCGUUGUUAAACACUCUGCUACCCAUGGAGCAUAAACUUCACAACUAAAGGACCAUGUCCUAGAUGCAGACACUUAGAUAUGUUGCUAGCUCUUGCACCAGCAACUCCGGGCUUUAAGCAUGACUGCAAUCAAAAGAUCCUUCCUGUGUGAGCACUGACCCUUGUGGCCACCAGAGCCUCUUUGAAAAGUUUUGUUAAAGCUCACUACGAGGCUAAGAAUGUAAACUGAUAUCCCAAAGCCAGGUGACCCUAGUUAAAUGGAGGCAAGUCGGCUUCUGGAGGAGAUUGACCA